AUAUAAAGCAGUCGGGAAACAAUGCGCCUGCAGAUCGCGCUCCCGCGUCGAUCCCGGGAGCGUCCUGGCUGCCGUGUGCGAGCGAGGCGGGGGGGAGCGCGCGCGAGGGGCGCGUUCGUGAGUGCGGGGCCGCGCGCUCAGUAGCGCGCAUGUGUGUGUGUGCGGGCUGCCGGGCUUCCCCGAGCCGGCGGGGAGCCGCUCCGCUCCAGGUGGCGGGCGGCGGGAGCGAGGGAGCGGACAUGGACUUCGACUCGUACCAGCACUAUUUCUACGACUAUGACUGCGGAGAGGAUUUCUACCGCUCCACGGCGCCCAGCGAGGACAUCUGGAAGAAAUUCGAGCUGGUGCCGUCGCCCCCCACGUCGCCGCCCUGGGGCUCUGGUCCCGGCGCCGGGGACCCAGCCUCUGGGAUUAGUCCGGGGGAGCCAUGGCCCGGAGGGGGUGCUGGGGACGAGGUGGAAUCUCGGGGCCAUUCAAAAGCUUGGGGCAGGAAUUAUGCUUCCAUCAUCCGCCGUGACUGCAUGUGGAGUGGCUUCUCCGCCCGGGAACGACUGGAGAGAGUAGUGAGCGACCGACUUGCUCCAGGCGCGCCCCGGGGGAACCCGCCCAAAGCGCCCGCCACCCCGGAUUGCACUCCCAGUCUGGAAGCCAGUAACCCGGCGCCCGCCACCCCGUGUCAGUUGGGCGAGCCCAAGACUCAGGCCUGCUCCGGGUCCGAGAGCCCCAGCGACUCCGAAGGCGAAGAAAUCGAUGUGGUGACGGUGGAGAAGAGACGAUCUCUGGACAUCCGCAAGCCAGUUACCAUCACAGUGCGAGCAGACCCCCUGGACCCCUGCAUGAAACACUUCCACAUCUCCAUCCACCAACAACAGCAUAACUAUGCUGCCCGCUUUCCCCCAGAAAGUUGCUCUCAGGAGGGGGCUCCCGAGAGGGGUCCCCAGGAAGAGGUUCCAGAGAUAGAAGCUCCCAAGGAGAAAGAGGAGGAGGAGGAGGAAGAGGAGGAAGAAGAGAUUGUGAGCCCCCCACUUGUAGAAAGUGAGGCUCCCCAGUCCUGCCACCCCAGACCUGUCAGUUCUGAUACUGAGGACGUGACCAAGAGGAAGAACCAUAACUUCUUGGAACGGAAAAGGAGGAAUGACCUCCGUUCACGGUUCCUGGCCCUGCGGGACCAGGUGCCCACCCUGGCCAGCUGCUCUAAGGCCCCCAAAGUCGUGAUCCUAAGCAAGGCCUUAGAGUACUUGCAAGCUCUGGUGGGGGCUGAAAAGAAGAUGGCUACAGAGAAAAGGCAACUCCGGUGUCGGCAGCAGCAACUGCAGAAAAGAAUUGCGUACCUCAGUGGCUACUAACCGACCAAAAAGCCUGACUUCUCUCUCUCUCUCUCUCACACACACACACACACACACACACACACACACACACACACACACUUAUUUUUUAACCUCUCUCUCCCUUUUAGUAAUUUGCACAUUUUGGUUACAGCGGGGCAGUCUGGACAGUAGAUCCCAGAAUGCAUUGCAGCCAGUGCACACAUAAUAAGGGCUUGCAUUCUUGGAAACCUCGAAACCCAGCUCUCCCUCUUCCCUGACUCAUGGGAGUGCUGUCUUCUCUGGCGCCUUUGGCUUCUCAGCAGGCAGCUGACUGAGGAGACUUGGGGUCUGCCUCCCUCACUAGCACCAGAGAGAAGGCUGACAGAUGCUAUGCAACAGGUGGUGGACGAUGUCAGGGGCUGCAGCCUGCAUGAAAUCUCACACUGUGCUAGAUAGAGCUUUAGGCUAGGAAAGGAUGCUGCUCCCACUGGUGUCUCUGGGGAUGAUGCAAGGACAGCUGGGCCUGGAUACUGUCCCCAAGGCUCUGUUUUCCAGGAGACAAGCGAGCUGUUCUAGGUGAAGACAAGCUCGCAGACUUGAUCAGCAUGGACCAUUACCUCACUGUCAGACACUUUACAGUAGCUGAGAAGUGGAAACCUUUAGGAUAUAUUAGGAUAUCAGGCCACAACCCUCCCUCCACUCUCAUUGCUAUGACUUUGAAAACAUUUAAAGGGCUUGGCCUGUAGAGUCUUUGUCUCAGAGCUCUCUGGGCCUUCUCAGAGAGAGACCUGUCUAUCCUCACAAGGGACUUUUUUGUUUCUUUCUGCCUUUGUUAUGCAAUGGGCACCACAGCACUCUUCUAUACAGAUCAGAACUAUUUCUCCAGGAUGUAGGAAAAUGGGUCAUGGGGAAGGCUUAGCAUCCUGGCCAAGCCUUGGGUGUUUUCUUGCAGGGCCAUUUGAAGCCCAGCUUAGAACCUUCUCUCAAGGCAGAUAUAAGGCACCUCAGAAGGAAGUGCCUAACCACUUCCUCUUUUCCAACUGCCUCUCGAGUCAGUCCUUGACUUUUGUCUAAAUUCUGCUGGAACAGUGCAACCCUAUCCUUCUCAAGCAACUUCAAGGAGUUUGCUGGCUCUGCAGCCAUCAUCCUGGCCCUUUCCCUGGAAUCUGGGCCUUAUAGGCACUCUGAGGAGUGCUGCUUGGAUUCAUCGGGUGCCCCAGAAGGUACACUCACUUCCCCAUGGGUUGUUAAGGUGCCUCUAGGAGCACUGCUCAGCCAGCUACCAUAGGUUUUGCUCCAGCUGCGUUCUGCAGCACCAGAUGGAAUCUAAGUAUGGUCCUCAAUAGGAAAAGUCACCCAAGCUAGCAGUGGUCCCAUGGGCAUCCUCGGGCGAUCCUAAGCUUUGCCUGAAAGAAGAGUCAACCUUCUCAGAACUCUGCCCAGGAAGGCAGAUUCCUUCCUGCUGGCCCUGGGUUUGGAAGUAGGGAAACAGUGUGGAGAACAAACAGAUAGUAAAUGCUACCUGUGGCUCUCAAAAACCAACUACCACUUCCAAAUUUGCUGACCAUGAUGGCCUCACCUUGCUUCCUGGCCUCAGAGAGUCCUAGAAGAAGCGUUGGAAGUAGCUGUUCUGCCUGCUGGGGCAGGACUUUGAGGCACCGAGGGACUCCUGGGACUAUGUUGGGCAGACAAGUGGGGAGCAGGCUCCUGAAGACUCAUCUGAAUGACUUGUGUUUUAUAAGCUGCUGUUGGGUUAUGUGCUGCGGGAGUCUUUUUUUUUAUACUGUAUUUUUGUAUGCUUUUUGCAAAGUGGCGUUAACUGUUUUUGUACAAGAAAAAAGCAAAAACAAAAAAACCUCCUGUUGCAAGGGUUUGGUUUAUUUUGAAAGGCAAGUUUACCUGGAAGUUUGUAUUUAGUUGUAAUCAUUAAUUGCUUGAUUUUAAACUGUUGCCUUCUGGGACAUCUUCUAAUAAAAGAUUUCUCAAAAA